AUGGCGUCAGAAGGACAGCAGUCAUACAUUGACUAUUCUGCCAUCACAUCGGAUCGGUUCUCGGCCAGCAAUUAUGCAAAUCAGCUCAUCCUACAGACUCACAAUGCAAACGAGCCCUUGGAUUUGCCCACGCCGCUGUCACGGGUCCUUUUCGAUGUGCAAGAAGUAGACACUCACAUCGACCAAUUGACGACACAAAAUGCUCUGCCAAUCAUCGAGUCCACCUCGGCGCGUGCUGACGCGAGCAGGCGAAUCCUGGACGAAGUCGAGAGCCAAGUCAACCGCUUGAAUGAAAGCUUUCAGCGUCUUCAACGGGAAGUCCUCCGGCGCUAUGAAAGUGCCGAGCUAGUUCGCCUGGCGGCUGAGCGCCUGCUUCUGACUUCGAGAGUUGGUCGUGGAGUGCAGCGGGCGGUGCAACUUGGCAGGCAGCUCGAAGCAGAGAUGGACAGUGCAACCAGAGGAGUGCAGAGUGCCAUGGUUGGCGCCGCAAUCACCGUACUGAGCAUGAGACAUUUGUUCACUUUGGCAGGUAAAGCCGAAGAAGCCGAAGGUCUCGCCAGAGUGCAAGUUGUGGGUUCAUUGAGAAACGAGGUCGUGGCUCCUCUAGAGAGGACGUUGAUCGCGAAAGCACAGCAGGUCGUUCGAGAGUUCAGUAUGUCAUCAUUACUAGCAUCUGGCAACGCUCAUACAGGUCAACCCCAGAACCAACAAACAUUUGCCCAGGUGGAAGACACCAAGAGCAGGACCACUAGCGCGCUUCACACGCUAUACUUGCUUUCGCCAACGAAACCGGCAACAUCUCUUGCGUCCUUCGAGCCGAUAUUGUUGAUCUCAGCUCUGCAAUCUUACCUGCAGACCGCUCUCACAUCAAGCCUUGCUUCACUCGCGAGAGCUCUCGCAACGUUGCCACAGCUUGACCGGACUCUCCUAGAAAUCUCCGCAAGAUGCCAGAACAUUGUUGCGCUAGAGGUGCUGCUCGAGGCGGUGAAAGCACCAGUCCAUCCAUUGCUGUCUCCUGAGGGACAACAGACUGGUACAUCUGCCUCAUCCAAUUUUCUUACGCCUCUGUUAAGGCAUCUAGACACUUCUUCACUACCGUCAUACUUCUGGCGUAGUAUGGCCGGGCAACUCACUAGCCGGGUUCAGGACAUCCUUACUCGAGGAGGUGUCAGCGCUCGUACCCUACGUACUAACAGGGACCGAGUCCGGGAUGCCAUCAGAGAGUGCGUGGAUCGAGGCUCUCAGCUGCCUGUGUCGAGCGCUGCUUUGGGUACGAAAGAGGGCAAAGUAGGCAGCUGGGAGCGUGAGGCUGCGGUCAUGGUGCAAAGUGUGAUCGGUCCGUUGCACCGCUAA